CCUGAGACCGAUAUACCGGAGCGCGCUAACGGCCGUCGAUCCAAUCAGACUUGUAAUAUAAUACUAAAGGCAGUAACCAGGAGGUUUUAAAGCCACUUACGAAGCACAGAUAAGACCGAUAAGACCGAUAAGACACACAUAUCCAAGGAUCCACCAUCCACCGUAAGGAUUGCGAUUGCGACACGUCCUUGAAUGUUUGAACCCUCCCACUCACUCUCCUUCGAACGUCGCCCUAUCAAUUUUCAUCAUUUUUAUCAUUUUUUGCGACAACGAAGCUUGGUUACUUUUGUACACACUUCAUUCGUUUUCCCCAUCCUUACUUUCGGCAUCGUAUAGCCAGGCAUUUAAAAACACGAUCUUCUUAUUUUCUCCGGCGUUACGCGACCAGUCGUGUCGUCCCGUAUCGUAGCCUCCCAUCUUGCUUGUUUCUAUUCUUUCUGUUAACUCCCUCCCUAAACCUAAUCCAAUUUGUCGUAAACUGGUUUGCCCGUAGCCCUGUUCUUUUUCUUAUCCGAUAUACUACUAUUUUAUCACCCCUUUUAUCCCCCUGUCGACGUCCUCUGCAAAUGUAAGGCACGACGACAUCGUAACUAAACCCCUUAAUAUCUGACUUGCGCGUGGUUUUUCUUUAUUAAAAAAAAAUAUGGCUGUCGCGGGCCGGGUUUACAAUGCUCGUGUGGUGUCGAGCAUCGCCGCGACCGUUAUCUCGUUGGCCUGCGGAACCAAUUAUGUCUAUUCCGCAUGGGCGCCCCAAUUCGCGGACAAGUUACUCUUGUCUGCUACAGAAAGCAAUUUGAUCGGACUGGCGGGGAAUCUCGGCAUGUAUUCGAUGGGCGUCCCUGUGGGCAUGUUUGUCGACAGCAAGGGUCCUCGCCCCGCCGUCAUCGUAGGCGCUUUUCUACUCGGGCUAGGCUAUUUCCCGCUCCACCAGGCAUAUGACGCCGGUCAAGGUUCCGUUCCGUGGAUGUGCUUCGUCUCGUAUCUGACCGGUCUCGGUGGCUGCAUGGCCUUUGCUGCCGCCGUGAAGGUUUCGGCUCUGAACUGGCCUCACCAUCGCGGCACCGCAACAGCCUUUCCUCUCGCUGCCUUCGGUUUAAGCGCCUUCUUCUUUUCCCUCGUCGGCUCCAUCUUCUUCCCCGGAAGCCCGAGCAAAUUUCUUAUGUUAUUGGCUUACGGUACUUUCGGCUUGACGUUCAUCGGGUUUUUCUUCCUGCGCGUGCUCCCGCCUCACUCCCCAUACCAUGCUGUACCCGAUGCGGAGCCAGGUAUGACAGACUCUCAGCGGUUGCAUCGUACUACGUCGGACGAACCCAAACCCCGCGCUGCUCGUGGGAAUCCAUCUGAACCUGGUAUGUUUAACACCACCUCCAACACAUCCAACAACUCCGAAAGGACCCAAGAUGCCCCAGAACAAGAGGACCGAGGCCCCCAAAGCCCCAAGGAAGACAGCCGAGCUGUUGAUACCGAGGAAGCGCCGUCAGGUAACCGCGAUGGUACCGAUGAAACGUCUUCGCUUCUCUCCCAGUCCACCUCGUCCUCCUUGCCCGGUGAAGUGUUAGUGCAGAGCAGUGUUGAUAUGGAUCGUUCUCACCGCGUAGAUAUUCGAGGUCUCAACCUUAUGAGGAACAUUGAGUUCUGGCAGUUGUUUACCAUCAUGGGCAUACUCUCGGGUAUCGGCCUUAUGACUAUCAACAAUAUCGGAAACGACGCCACAGCGUUGUGGAAGCACUAUGACGACUCGAUCGACGAUAAGACCCUUGUCCUACGCCAGCAGCUGCACGUAUCCAUCCUCUCCCUCGGCAGUUUCUCGGGGCGACUGCUCAGCGGCGUCGGCUCCGAUUUCCUCGUCAAGGUACUACACGCUAGUCGAGUGUGGUGCCUGGUCGUCGCGUCGGGCAUCUUCUCGCUCGCGCAGAUCUGCGCGCUCAACGUGACGAACCCGCACCUCCUGGGCUUCGUCUCCGGGUUCAGCGGGCUGGGGUACGGGUUCCUAUUCGGCGUGUUCCCGUCCAUCGUCGCCGAGUCCUUCGGUAUCCACGGCCUAAGCCAGAAUUGGGGCUUCAUGACCCUGUCCCCCGUCAUCUCAAGCAACAUCUUCAACCUGUUCUACGGCUCUGUCUUCGACGCCCACUCCGUCGUCGACAGGGACGGUGUGAGUUCUUGUACUGACGGCAUCGAGUGCUAUCGUGCCGCGUACAUUGUCACGCUCGCCGCCUGCGGCCUCGGCUUCGCGGUUACGCUUUGGGUUAUCUGGCACCAGCGCAAGAUGCGGCUCGCGGAAUCGGCCGGUAAGGGACGCGCGAGAGAGUGAAUUAGAUAUGGUGGUGCAUAUCUAAACCGUAUUCACUACUUACCUAGGUAGUUGUAUAUGUUGUUGUGUUGUGUUAUCUUUUUUUGAUAUUCCAUAUUGAAGCAUGGCUGGGUCGGUUUCGAUGGGAUUACCUACAUUUUAUUCACGGUAGAGAAAGAACUAGAGAAGGGAGAGAGAUUAAAUCAAAGAGGGGGAUGGAGGACGCGGGCGUCAAGUGGUAUCAUUACCAUCCGUGUGAUCUGACCCGGCGUUUUAUGGUUUGUUACUGAUAUAGUUUAUAGGUAGACCGGGGAAUUUGAUAGAGGGUUCGGACUCUUCGUUUAGGGGCGUAUGUCAGGUCAGGUGGAUUAUCAGGUACUUCUUUAGAUAGGUAGACACAAGGACGGCAAUAGAGUUUCUACGGUAAAUUUUUAAAUAAAUAGACAAAUGAAUAGGUACCUUAAGUGUCUGUCAUUUUCUGAGCUAAGGUUUAUCUGACACCAGUGCCACUCA